AUGGAGGUUUUUUCAGGGUUAAUGGGGAUGAUGGCUACUAAGCAGGAUUUUAAGUACCACUGGAGGUUUGAGAAGGAAAAGAUCACCCACUUGUGUUUUGUUGCUGAUCUCGUGGUCUUUUGUAGAGCUGAGAUUGGUUCUAUAUCUCUUAUUGGGGAUUGCCUCAAUCAAUUUAAAGCUCUUUUUGGCCUUACUCCUAACCCAGAUAAGAGUAAUCUAUUUGCUAGUGGUGUUUCAUCAUAUCUCAAAGACCAGUUACUUGAUGUUUUAGGGUAUAAGGAGGGUGUGCUUCCGGUAUGUUAUCUUGGAGUUCCACUUUUCUCUACAAAAUUACGAGCUUCAGAUUUUAAGGUGUUGGUCGAUCAUAUUGUAGCCAAGGCAAAGAGUUGGACUUGUUACACACUCUCCUAUGCAGGUAGGUUACAACUUAUUAAGUCGGGAUGUGACCUUGGUACCAGUGGGAUUAAAGUUGCUUGGGCAAAAAUUUGUAUGCCUAAGGAGGAGGGAGUUCUAGGUCUGUGUAACAUGGAGAUAUGGAAUAAGGCUGCGAUGUUAAAACACCUGUGCUACUUACUUAAAGGUAGAACCAUUUGGGAAUUGAAAUGUCCUGGGGAUUGCUCUUGGAAUUGGAGGAAGAUUCUUGGACCUAGAGACAUAGCGAGGGACAAAAUGAAAUUCAAAAUUGGUAAUGGUAGACGUGCUUCACUUUGGUUUGAUAAUUGGCAUCCUCUUGCUCCUUUAGAGAGGAUUAUUUGUGAGAGGAUCGUUCAUGAAUCUAGAUUGAGCAUAUUAGCUAAGGUGGCUGAUAUUGUUGACAGUGACACUUGGAGAUGGCCAUCAGGUGGAUCAUGUGCAUGGAGUCUUCUCUGUUCGGAUCCCUUGGGAGUCUCUUUGACCUCGUUGCCUUUGGGUGACCUGGUACACACAGACAAAGGUUCUUCGCUUUGGCUUGAAACAGUCUAUGCGAUGGUCAAAUGCUUUUCUUGGAUGGAGCAGUUUCAUGGGAGGUCAUUCCGUUUUACUGUUAUUCGUUUGAUGUUUGCGGCUUCGAUUUAUGCUAUUUGGUGUGAGCGUAGUGCUAGGACCCAUGGUGAGGCUCCUAAACAUGAGUCUGCUAUUAUUCAGGACGUUGUUUUUACUAUUUGUACACGAGUGGAUUUAUGUAAGGGCUUGGCUCCAUCUAAUGAAAAUAGAUGGUUCCAACGCUCAUGGGAUUUUUCUAUGGAUAUUUUCUCUUGUCAUGGCUAG